AUGGGUGAAGAGGCACAUUCUUCAUUGCUUUUUGAUAUUCUGGAUUCUGAAGACUUGUCUCAGGUAUUCGAUACGCUAGCAACUAUACACGCCUAUUCUUUGCAAACGAAUUCUUGGAAGAAAUUGCUGUCCUUUCCUAUGGGUUCUUUCGCCAAGUACAUUGAUUCUAUGAAGGAGAUGUUUAAAGCGAGUAGCACAAUACCAUUACUAGUCGAGAGAGGGAACAUUUCUGUAAUGGAUGAACUGAUAAAAAAUAUAGAUGCACUGAUGGAUGUGCAAAUACUUGACAGCGUCGCAAAGAAUAUGGGUUAG